AUGAGAGUCCCUUACGUAUCAAACCCUCCUCCAACCACCUCCGCAGAAGAGAAGUCAAUUGUGGCUGCCAUUGAAGCACGACGUCACCCCCGCCCACUCCAACCCCUUGACUUGGCGCUUCUCCAUUCCCCUCAAGUUGCCUUGGGUUGGAACACGUUUGUGGGGGCAGUUCGGACACGAACCUCUCUUGCCAAUGAUUUGCGAGAACUUGCCAUCUGCCGAAUCGCUGUUGUCAAUAAGGCUUGGUAUGAAUGGAUGCACCAUGCUCCUCUAGCAGUCAAGGGAGGCGUGUCUUCAGACGCGAUGAAGAAUCUCAUGACAGAAGAGAGACUUGUUCUUAGUGAUAUCCCAGCAGGCUUUACAGAGAAGCAAUGGGCAGUUUGUGUCAUGGCCGACGAAAUGACCAAGAAUGUUCAGGUCGCUGAUGAAACAUUCCGUAAGCUCAAGUCUUUCUUCAACAGUCAAGAGAUUGUUGAAAUUGUUGCAACGAUCUCAUGUUAUAAUUGUGUGAGCCGCUUUCUUGUGGCUUUAGAUGUUGGAGAAAGAAACGGCACUGCUCCGGAGCUACCCCAGACCUCAUAA